AUGGAGCACUUCCACAUCGAGGGCGGGCAUCGGCUCAGGGGAACCAUCACCCCUGCUGGAAACAAGAACGCUGCCCUGCCCCUGAUGGCGGCCAGCCUGCUGACUCACGAGCGGCUGCAUCUGCACAACGUCCCCAACAUUGGCGAUGUCCGCACCAAGGCCGUCCUCCUCAAUCGCCUGGGAGUCGAUACGUACUUGAGCCCCGACGGGCACUGCACCCUCCAGACCUGCACCGUAGGCGAUAACCAGCCCGACCUCGAUCUGUGCCGCCAAAUCCGCACGGCGCCAUUGUUCGCCGGGCCGCUGCUGGCACGGCGCGGUUUCGUGACCAUCGGGCGACCGGGCGGCGACCGCAUCGGGAGGCGGCGUCUCGAUACCCACCUGCUCGCCCUGCAAGCCCUGGGCGCCGAUAUCGAGGUGACCGCCGACCGUUUCAUCCUGAAGGCCGAGCGGCUGCGCGGCGCCGACAUAUUCCUGGAUGAGAUGAGCGUCACCGGCACCGAGCAGGCGCUGCUUGCCGCCGUGCUCGCCGAGGGCACCACGCUCCUGGGCAACGCCGCGUGCGAGCCGCACGUGCAGGACGUGUGCCAUUGCCUGAACGCCAUGGGCGCCGACAUCGAGGGCAUCGGCAGCAACAACUUGGUGAUUCGCGGCGUCAGCAGCCUGCGGGGCGCAACCUACACCAUCGGGCCCGAUUACAUGGAAGUCGGUUCCCUGAUUGCACUGGCGGCGAUGACCGGUUCGGAACUUCGUAUCCGCCAAGCGCGCCCGCGCGAGCAUCGCAUGACCCGCAUUGUUUUCGCGCGUCUGGGAGCGACGUGGUACGACGACGGUGACGACAUCGUCAUCCCGGCAGAACAGGACCUGUGUGUGCGUAGUGAGUUUGACGGCGCCAUGCCGAAAAUCGACGACAUGCCGUGGCCGGGCUUUCCGCCCGAUCUGAUCAGCAUCGCCCUGGUGGUCGCCACGCAGGCGCGCGGCACCGUGCUGAUUCACCAGAAGAUGUUCGACCGCCGCUUGGUGUUCGUCGACCGCCUUAUCGAAAUGGGCGCCAACAUCGUGCUGUGCGACCCGCAUCGCGCCGUGGUGAUUGGCCCGUCCCGUUUGCACGGCGAAACCCUCAUUUCGCCGGACAUCCGCGCCGGCAUGGCGCUGCUCAUCGCCGCGCUGGCGGCCGACGGCGUCAGCAGCAUCCACAACAUCAGCCAGAUCGACCGCGGCUACGAGCAACUCGAAAAACGCCUGCAGGCCCUCGGGGCGCGGAUCGAGCGGCGGCCAGCGUAA